UCUUUUUUCCCCUCGUUUUUCUUUGGGUAGCAACUCCUCUGGCUUCUCAGCAUUCCGUUUUUCUUAACAUGGCUGCUAUUUACGCCUGGUUUUGGAACGAAAGGUUUUGGCUUCCGAAUAAUGUGACUUGGGCGGAUUUGGCGGACCCAGCGCCAGGAGUGGAGUAUCCCAAAGCCCGACAUUUGCUCUCUGCUUUGCCUUUGGCCUUGGGAAUCUUCGCUGUCAGAAUACUUUUCGAGAGGUUCAUAGCAGGACCGUGUGCAGCCAUAGUACAUAUCCAGGCAGAGACGGUUCGGAGAGCCCAGCCCAAUGCAGUCCUUGAGAAGGUGUUUACAUCCAUUACAAAGAGUCCAGACUCACGACACCUAGAUGGUCUGUCGAAGCAGCUGGACUGGGAAGUCCGGAAGAUCCAGCGCUGGUUCCGGCAGCGCAGGAACCAGGACAAGCCCAGCAUACACACUAAGUUCUGUGAGAGCAUGUGGAGGUUCAUCUUUUAUCUGUUCAUAUUUUCAUGGGGGAUUCAGUAUCUAUGGCAGACUCCUUGGAUGUGGGACACUCGGAUAUGCUGGUUCAACUACCCCUUUACGAUCCUCACUCCUUGGAUGUUUCAGUACUACACGAUAGAGCUGGCAUUCUACUGGUCCCUAAUGUUCUCCCAGUUCAUUGACAUCAAGAGGAAGGACUUCCUCAUUAUGUUUGUCCACCACCUGGCCACCAUCAUCCUCAUCAGCUUCUCCUACAUCACCAACAUGGUGAAUGCGGGCAGCCUGAUCAUGCUUGCGCACGACUCCUCAGACUUCCUGCUGGAGGCUGCCAAACUGGCCAACUAUGCCAAAUAUCAGCGGGUCUGCGACUUCCUGUUUGUGGUGUUUGGGAUAUGCUUCUUUGUCACGCGACUCAUCAUCUUCCCAUUCUGGCUCAUAUACACGACCAUGAUUGAGAGCGUGGAGAUCAUAGGGCCAUACCCAACCUGGUGGGUCUUUACUGGCCUGCUGCUGGUCCUGCAGGUGCUGCACAUCUUCUGGUCCUACCUCAUCGCCCGCAUCGCCCUCAAAGCCCUCAUGCGCGGGAAGGUUGCGAAGGAUGUGCGCAGCGACAUUGAGAGCAGCUCUGAUGAGGAGACGGAUGCGAGCAAAGAGCGCAACCGGGAGCGGGAACGGGAACGGACAAGCUCCCUCAAGCACACUACCUCGCAUAAGGGCGAGAACGGCACCAAUGGCCACUUCACCGGAACCAAAGCCUGGGGCCAGAACCACAACAGCUGAUGACCACGAUGACGACGACCAAAGGCGGCUGGGGCCUCCCCUCCACUCCUCUCCUCAUGACUUCAGCCUGUUCAAUGGCUUCUCCUCCUUGACUCCCUCGCUCCCUUGCUGCCUGACUAAAUGUCCUGCUGUGGCCUCCCACACCUGUGCCUGACCACUGUCCUCUCCUCCUCCUCAUAGACUGGUGCUGAAGGACAGCAGGCAGGGAUAUAUGGACACUAAAGUGAUGUUUGUGUGCAUACAUUGUGAAUACCAAAACAUAAGGAGGGAUGAAGGUCUGAAUGAAAGGAGAUGGAAAAGAGAUUAAACCAGAGAUUUUGCAUUCUGACGUAUCGGGCGUAAACUGUGUUCUGCUCCUCACCGUUCCGGUGUCUUCACGUUUUACUGAAGGCCAGGAGAAUUAAGAUGUCUACUUCCAGUUUUACUGUUUGGCUGUACUUGACUUAUUUACUUUUGUUUUUAAAUAUGAAUAUUUCAUGGUUCCGUUUCUGUUUGAGUUGUUUCUGGUCUAUUCUGCUUUUUGAAUUUUUAUGUAGAGAUAAAAUAGGUUUAUUAAAGUGUCAUUGAUCACCUGCAUGUUGUGAAACAAAAGUAUUCAUGUUUGUCAGUUAGUACACUUGAUGUCAUCCUUUCUGCUUGUGGAGAAGCACACCCUAAAUAUACAGUGGCGCUGCAAAGUUUGUGAACCCCUGCAUUAUGAACACCUGCAUGGAUAUGACCGAACUUGUGAUCAGCUCUUCUUCUAAGUCAUCAACUUGAUCAAGAGAAGCCAAUUGAAUAUUUAUCCACAAAUAAAUGUGUACUUAUUUA